GUGAGGAUGGCGAAGGUGAAGCAGGUGGGCCUGUUGGCAGCAGGCUGUCAGCCGUGGAAUAAAGACGUGUGUGCGGCCAGCGGAGACCGCUUUGCCUACUGUGCUACACUGGCUAUAUACAUCUACCAGUUGGAUCAGCAGUACAAUGAGUUUAAAUUGAGGUCCAUCAUGUCAGAACACAAGAAGACCAUAACAGCGAUCAGCUGGUGCCCCGACAACCCUGACCUGUUUGCUUCAGCCUCAGCCGAUAACCUCCUCAUCGUGUGGAACGUAGCAGAGAAAAAGUCAGUGGCGCGACUCGACAACACUAAAGGCGUCCCCGUGUCAGUCAGUUGGUGCUGGAACUCGGCCGACGGAGUGGCGUUCGUCUCCCAGCGCGGGCCGCUGUACAUCUGGGUCUACCGAGGUCCCGAUCCUGGGGUCACGGUGCAUAAAGAAGCCCACUCCUUCCUGUCUGACAUCUGUCUCUUCAGAUGGCACCCCACCAAGAAGGGGAAACUGGUGUUUGGACACACAGACGGGAGCCUGUCGGUGUUUCAGCCAGGGAGUAAAAGCCAAAAGCACGUGCUGCGUCCGGAGUCUUUAGAGGGGACGGAUGAGGAGGAUCCUGUCAGUGCCUUGGAGUGGGACCCUUUGUCAACCGACUAUUUACUAGUGUCUAACCUCCAUAACGGCAUCCGACUGGUGGACAGCGAGGCCUUGGCCUGCAUCACGUCAUUCUGCUUCCCCUCAGCUGCCGCGUCCGUGCAGUGUCUGGCCUGGGUCCCGUCUGCGCCCGGCAUGUUCAUCACCGGAGACUCGCAGGUCGGCGUGCUGAGAGUGUGGAACGUGUCUCGCUCGACUCCGCUGGACAGCUUUAAGCUGAAAAAGACGGGAUUUCACGCUUUGCAUGUCUUCAACUCCCCACUGGCCAAGAAAGCUCAGAGCUCCUGCUCCCCCAGUAAGAGUCAGUACACCAGUUCCACCAGUGAGGCGGUCCCUCCCCCGACCCUGUCGCAGAACCGCUCCUUCUCUCUGCCUCCGGGCCACGCCGUCUGCUGCUUCAUGGACGGAGGCGUGGGGCUCUAUGACAUGGGAGCCAAGAAGUGGGACUUCCUGCGAGACUUGGGCCACGUAGAAACCAUCUUCGACUGCAAGUUUAAGCCUGAUGAUCCCAACCUGCUCGCCACGGCCAGUUUCGAUGGAACCAUCAAGAUCUGGGACACAAACACUCUAACAGCUGUUUACACCUCCCCCGGAAACGAAGGAGUGGUCUACUCGCUGUCCUGGGCUCCGGGAGAUCUGAACUGCAUCGCGGGGGCGACGUCCCGUAACGGAGCGUUCAUCUGGGACGUCAGGAAAGGAAAAAUCAUCACUCGCUUUAACGAGGUGAGUAGGGCACGCCCCCGUGUGUCUGAACCCAAUCACACGAUGCACAGCGUGAUGCGUCUGUCUGUCUUCCUCCAGCACGGUAAGAACGGGAUUUUCUGUAUUUCCUGGAGCCACAAGGAUUCAAAGCGGAUCGCUACCUGCAGCGGAGACGGAUUCUGCAUCAUCAGGACCAUCGACGGUAAAAUCCUUCACAAGUACAAACACCCCGCUGCUGUGUUCGGCUGCGACUGGAGCCAGAACAACAAGGACAUGAUAGCGACGGGCUGCGAGGACAAGAACGUGCGCGUGUACUACCUGGCCACGAGCUCGGACCAGCCUCUGAAGGUGUUCACGGGGCACCUGGCCAAGGUGUUCCACGUUCGCUGGUCCCCCCUGAGAGAGGGGAUCCUGUGCUCUGGAUCGGAUGAUGGGACUGUUCGUAUCUGGGACUACACGCAGGACGCGUGCAUCAAUGUGCUGAGCGGGCACACGGCUCCGGUCAGAGGCCUGAUGUGGAACACAGAGGUGCCUUACCUGCUCAUCUCAGGUUCCUGGGAUUACACCAUCAGAGUGUGGGACACCAGAGACGGCACGUGUUUAGACACAGUCUACGACCACGGAGCCGACGUGUACGGUCUCACGUGUCAUCAGAGCCGUCCCUUCACCAUGGCGAGCUGCAGCAGGGACAGCACGGUGAGGCUGUGGUCCCUCACGCCGCUCAUCUCCCCUCUGCUGCUGAACAUCCUCACCGACCAGCCCUGGGAGAAGAUCAUCGGAAACACAGACACAGCUAUGGUUCCCGGCUCACCGCUGCUGCUUUGUGGAAAAGUGUCCAGAGACAUCAAGCAGGAGCUGGACAAGCUGAGCUUCGACAUCAGAGCCAAGAAGCUUCGCUGGUUCUCCGAAUGCUUUUCGCCUCCAGGUGGCAGCAGUAACCUGUGGGACCUGGUGUCAGUGAUUAACGGCCAGGACGACUCGCUGCUCCCAGCCAGCUACAGCAAAGGAGUGAUGCACAUGAAGCACCUGCUCAAGUUUAAAACCUCUGAAGCUCAGGAGCUGACCAUCGUGAAGAUGUCCAAAUUCGGAGGAGGAAUCGGAGCGCCGAGCAAAGAGGAGCGGCUGAAGGAAGCCGCAGAUAUCCAUCUGAGGCUGGGACAGAUCCAACGAUACUGUGAGCUGAUGGUGGAGCUGGGACAGUGGGAGAAAGCGUUGUCUGUGGCACCGGGAGUCUCCAUGAAGUACUGGAAGAAGCUCAUGCAGAGGAGAGCUGACCAGCUGAUGGCCGAGGAUAAUGACGACGCCAUCCCGUACUGCGUCGCCACGGGAGACAUAAAAAAACUGGUGACGUUCUUCAGUGGGAGAGGACAGCUGCUGGAGGCCUUGCUGAUAGCACAGGGAGCGUGUGAGGGGAACAUACGCGCACCUCAAAGCUCUGCAGGCAACCACACGACUAAUGACGUGGACAACAGGCAGCAGUACCAGAGUCUCCUCCAUAAGGUUUGUAAGGACCUCGCUGAGUGGUACUUCCAGGACGGAUGCUCUGUGCUGGCGGCGUGCUGCCACCUGGCUGUGGACGACAUCGAGUUAGCCAUGUCCAGUCUGAUCCGAGGUAACGAGCUGGAGCUGGCCGCAUGUGUGGGCAUCGUCCUCAGAGAGGCAGCCAAUCAGAGCACAGCUUACUGCCUUCAGCUCCUGGCCAGGAAGUACAUGACCAAUCCGACAUGGGAGCUGUCAGCUGACCUGCUGCGAAUGAUUCCCGACAACCACGUCUUAUUGGCUAAACUCUGCGCGUUUUACCCGGGGAGUGCUGCUGAAAUCAACCAGCUGCAUGAAAGGUGCGGCCUGCCUUCACUGGAGGAGUGUAAGGCGCUGGCAGGAGAAGCCGUGAAUGAAGGAGAUUUGUUUUCAGCGGUUAAAUUCCACCUGCUGAGCCCCGAGCCUGAGGUCGCCCUGCAGAUCGGGAUAAACCACCUCAAAGAACAGCUGGCUGGAUCUGAUUGGACGGUGGAUGACGUUCAGCCAAUCCUGGACCUGAUGAGUUACAUCAGAACUGACCGCCUCAUCACGACCAAGACCACCGAAGCCCGCAGUGAGCUGCUCAUCCUCUGUGGUUAUAUUGGAGCUCUGCUGGCCAUUAGAAGACAGUACAGCAGCAUCGUACCUGCACUCUAUGAAUACACCAGUCAGCUGCUGAAGCGGCGAGAGGUGUCUGUCCCUCUGAAGAUCGAGCAGCUGUCCGUGGAGCUGGACGCCUGGAGGGCCUGCGCGCAAGCUAACAGCAUCCCCCCGUCAGAGUGUCAAAGAGAAGAGUUCAGCUGCCUGCAGAGGAGAAUCCAGCCGAGCCACAAAGGUGCGUUGCUCCUCUGUGGUGCUGACUACGUGACGGGCUCCAACCUGCCCAGUCACUCAGACCUCCAGCUGUCCUGCUUCACCGGGCAGAGAAUACAGGGUCCGGUGUUUUUGCUGGAGGACAAUAAAUCAGCCAUCUCACUCAAUGACGCUUUAAUGUGGGCGAAGGUCAACCCCUUCUCCCCCCUGGGGACGGGACUCCGCAUCAACCCCUUUUAACCCACACGAAGAAGAGGAAGACGGUCACGGCGGCGAUGAGACAGAAACCAGCGGCUGAAGUCCAGGCUCAAACACUUUUUCCCAACUGAAGUUUCAGAGAAGCUCAAAGCUUUUGUAGAUUUUGAUAUUGGUUAGCUGUUACGUGAUGAGAAUGUAGCCAACCAAUCGUGCUUCAUGUGUGAAGGAGGACUGGUGUCGAAUGUGUCGUACUGGGUAGAACUCCUGCUUCAUUUCCCACAAUGUGAUCAUGUACAUACAGGGUAUAAAUCUGAGUUCUUCUACUGUACAAAGAAAGCACUGGAAUAAAGACACCACUGAGUAUUUAUGGGAGACUUUCUUUGUGUUCAUGUUAAUCUUCUCUCAGCUGCUCCCUUUAGAAAGAAGA